CUUUCCCUGCAGCUCUGCAGAGACACUUUGGUUCUGUUCUCCUUUGCGCUCUGGUCACCUCUGGAGCCCAGCCGGCCUCUCCUGAAGACUCGGGAGUAAAGUUGCAGCUAACCCGUCGAUUUGAUUCGCUUCCUGUAGACAGUUCUUCUGCUCAAAGGUGGAGAGAGAGAGCGAUAAGGACAGAAAGAAGGCGGGAGAAGAAGUCUAAAUCGGACACGGGAGCCCUCGCAUCUGCAAAGCCCCUGUCUGGAUGCGCAGGUCACAACGCGCUGCAGGGUUUCAACGGAGAAAAAUUUUAUAAAAAACAAAACUGUGCAACAGAUAUCCCACGAAUGGUGCAAGCCUUGACGCCGAGCGCUGAUUCUUCUCCAGGUUUGAUGCGCAGAGAUUGGAGACCCUGAACGCUGAGACUGCAGGGGGUUCAUGUACUGGAAAAAUGAAGUUUUGUCCCCUCUCUCAGAGGGAAACAAGAUUCUGUCUGAAGGAAUUCCAACAAAGCAGGUGAUCUGCACCGAGCAUCAGAGCACACCGGGAACCCCGCGCAGCACUGUGGACUCCAAACACACACCGAUGUCUCACUCGGACGGAGAGUCCCAGCGCUCCAAUAUGGAGCGGGAAGACAUCCGCUCUCCUCCCAGCACUCCGUCCACCCCCUCGGUGUGCUCGCCGACCUCCACCGCCAGCUCCGUGCCGUCCACCGGGAAGAAUGUGUGCGCCAGCUGCGGGCUGGAGAUCCUGGACAGAUACCUGCUGAAGGUGAACAACCUGAUUUGGCACGUGCGCUGCCUGGAGUGCUCGGUGUGCAGGACGUCGCUGCGUCAGCACAGCAGCUGCUACAUCAAGAACAAGGAGAUCUUCUGCAAAAUGGAUUAUUUCAGUAGGUUUGGUACUAAGUGUGCCCGCUGUGGGCGGCAAAUAUACGCCAGCGACUGGGUGCGUCGUGCAAGGGGGAAUGCAUACCACUUGGCCUGCUUUGCGUGCUACUCAUGCAAGAGGCAGCUAUCCACGGGAGAGGAGUUCGGCUUGGUGGAGGAGAAGGUUUUGUGUCGGAUCCACUACGACACUAUGGUGGAAAACCUCAAACGGGCAGCCGAGAGUGGUAACGGUAUUACGUUAGAGGGCGCAGUCCCGACAGAACAAGACAGUCAGCCCAAACCGGCCAAAAGGGCUCGGACAUCGUUCACUGCAGAGCAGCUGCAGAUAAUGCAAGCACAGUUUGCUCAGGACAACAAUCCUGAUGCCCAAACGCUACAGAAGCUGGCUGACAUGACGGGCCUGAGCAGAAGAGUUAUACAGGUGUGGUUUCAAAACUGCAGAGCGAGACAUAAAAAGCAUACGCCCCAGCACAGUGGUGCUCCGCAGGGUCAUCCUCAGUCCAGGAUACCUUCGUCGCUGCCCGAUGAGCUGCAUUACUCCCCCUUCGCCAGUCCUGAGCGUGCGCGCAUGGUCGCUCUUCACGGGUACAUUGACAGUCAUCCGUUUUCCGUCCUAACCUCUCAGAGCCUCCCCCACCAGGCAAUGUCGCUGCCCCAGCUCCCCCUCAGCCGCUAGCUCUCUAUGUGACCCCUGACCUCUGGAUCUUUACUCUGGAUCUGCCGUCAGUGACGCCGUCUGACCUCACUUGAUGAUUGUGCAAGAGUCCUGGAGAAGAGACUAAUCUUCCAAUCGUGAACAGAAAGAGAAAGGGACAAAUCUGCCGUCGUCUUCUCUUCUUUUUAGUGGAUGGGAACAUUUAGCCUGUGGCCACUGUUUCAAACCAAUCAACUUCCAGCAUUUAUUGUCAAUAGGAACUCUCAGUCUGUGUGUUACACCAGCCAACGGACCCACCCUGCUUGUCAUGUACAGCAUCUUCUGCUCUGUUCAGCCACCUUCAAACUUGAGGAAUUUUGAAUGGAUAUAAUUGAUAAAAGAAGCAGGACUGCAGCUUCUCAAAGGUUGUCAGAUUAUUGAAGAUAAAAUGAAAAUGUCACUGUUGCCCAUUGGACAGGGCUCACAUGUUAGAGGUAAGACUCCUCCCUUUUUUUUCUCUCAAAGCAACCAUAUAUUGUUUGCAUUUGAAAUAACUACUUACUGAGAUCUUGAGAAUAAUUGAAUAAAGUUUUCAAUUACAUUUGAGGUUAAUUUUGCAGCUUUACAAUGAAAUGUUUGGUAAAAAAAUAAAUAAAACAUGAUGUGCCUUAUUCAUUUUAAUUAAAAAAAUGUUUCCCCUUUAGUAAAUUUAAAAAUAAGGAUAUUACAUCAUUUAUAAAGGUAUUAAAUCUUUUU